UGCGCACACCGUCUCCGACUCAGACUGGAGCUGACAAGCUAACGGCCAUGAGCUGCUGAUGAGAAUGACAACAUCGCUGGUGCACAAAUUCAGCGAGCAGUAACCCAAAAUCAAAUGAACAGAACACUCCAAGCUUCUAGAAGCCUCCGUAUAUAGCACAUUCCACUUCCUCACUAUGCCGAGCAAUAAGGCUGAGAAACAGGAAGUCAGUGAUAAUGUCAAAGUUGUGGUAAGAUGUCGUCCCCUCAACCAGAAGGAGAAGAUGAUGGCCCACAAGCUGGCCGUCAUUGUGGACGAGAUCCGUGGCACCAUAACGGUGAACAAACUGGAGAUCCCCCACGAGCCUCCUAAGACAUUCACCUUUGACACUGUGUUUGGGCCUGACAGCAAGCAGCUAGAUGUCUACAACCUGACAGCCCGCCCAAUCAUCGACUCCGUUUUAGAGGGAUAUAACGGCACAAUUUUUGCAUAUGGGCAAACUGGCACAGGAAAAACCUUCACCAUGGAGGGGGUGAGGGCGGUACCAGAACUUCGAGGGAUUAUUCCAAAUUCUUUUGCUCAUAUUUUUGGACACAUUGCCAAGGCAGAGGGCGACACAAGGUUUUUAGUUCGUGUUUCAUACCUGGAGAUUUACAACGAGGAAGUGCGGGAUUUGCUGGGCAAGGACCAGUUGCAAAGGCUUGAGGUCAAAGAGAGACCUGAUGUUGGCGUGUACAUCAAAGACCUCUCUGGUUAUGUUGUAAACAAUGCUGACGAUAUGGACAGGAUUAUGACACUCGGUCACAAAAACCGAUCCGUCGGUGCUACAAACAUGAAUGAGCACAGCUCCCGCUCUCAUGCCAUCUUCACCAUCACCAUCGAGUGCAGUGAGAAGGGUGUUGAUGGUAACCAGCAUGUGCGCAUGGGAAAGCUUCAUCUCGUAGAUCUGGCAGGUUCAGAAAGACAGGGCAAAACCGGAGCCACAGGUCAGCGUUUGAAGGAAGCAACGAAGAUCAAUCUGUCCCUCUCCACCCUGGGUAACGUUAUCUCUGCCCUGGUGGACGGCAAGAGCACUCACGUCCCCUACAGAAACUCCAAACUGACCCGUUUGCUUCAGGAUUCACUGGGAGGAAACUCCAAGACCAUGAUGUGUGCAAAUAUAGGUCCCGCAGACUACAAUUAUGACGAAACCAUCAGUACCUUGCGCUAUGCUAACAGGGCUAAAAACAUAAAAAACAAAGCCAGAAUCAACGAAGAUCCCAAGGACGCCCUUCUACGGCAGUUUCAGAAAGAGAUUGAGGAGCUCAAAAAGAAACUGGAAGAGGGUGAAGAGAUUUCUGGCUCAGACGGCAGUGGAUCAGAGGAAAUGGAUGAAGGGGACGAUGAUGCAGGAGAGGCAGGAGAAGGCCGCCGGAGGAGGAGGGGAAGGAAGAAGGUUUCUCCAGACAAGAUGGUGGAGAUGCAGGCAAAGAUUGAGGAAGAAAGAAAGGCUCUGGAGGCCAAGCUGGACAUGGAGGAAGAGGAGAGGAACAAGGCAAGAGCAGAGCUGGAGAAAAGGGAGAAGGAUCUUCUUAAAGCCCAACAGGAGCAUCACCUCCUGCUGGAGAAAUUGUCGGCUUUAGAGAAGAAGGUGAUUGUAGGUGGAGUGGAUCUUCUCGCUAAGGCUGAGGAGCAGGAGAAGCUCCUGGACGAAUCGAAUAAUGAGCUUGAGGAGCGUCGCAAACGAGCAGAACAGCUACGCAAGGAGCUGGAAGAGAAAGAGCAAGAACGUUUAGAUAUAGAAGAGAAGUACACAAGUCUGCAGGAGGAAGCUCAAGGAAAGACCAAAAAGCUGAAGAAAGUGUGGACCAUGCUCAUGGCUGCCAAAUCAGAAAUGGCAGAUCUGCAACAAGAGCACAACAGAGAGAUUGAAGGCCUCCUGGAAAACAUCCGCCAGCUGAGUCGAGAACUGAGGCUCCAGAUGCUCAUCAUAGAUAACUUUAUUCCCCAGGAAUAUCAGGCGAUGAUAGAAAAUUAUGUCCACUGGAAUGAAGAUAUUGGAGAAUGGCAGCUGAAAUGUGUGGCGUACACUGGCAAUAAUAUGAGAAAACAAACCCCAGUUCCAGACAAAAAAGAAAAAGAUCCAUUUGAGGUGGAUAUGUCCCACGUGUAUCUAGCAUAUACAGAGGAGAGCAUGCGGCAAUCUCUGAUGAAACUAGAGAGGCCCAAAGCCUCUAAAGGCAGUAAAAGUGGCAGACCGAAGACCGGCCGAAGGAAAAGAUCCGCAAAACCAGACACAGUGAUCGAUUCCCUUCUGCAGUGAUGAUAUGGAGGCCAACAUUUCACUACAGCUUUACCUUGACUUCAGCUUUGAUGUAACGUAAAAGAAGUAUUUUGUCCUGCUUAUGGUUGAACAGUAAUAGAUUUUGAUCGCACACUGCAUAAGAUGGUAAGGUUUAUUAGGAGAACAACCACUUGAAAAUAGGACACAACGAAAGACGAUCUGCUUGAAGCAAUGCCUCAGGCCUCUUCUACUUUUUCACAUUUUGCCACAUUGGAACCACAAACUUCAAUGAAUGUUGUUUGUAUUUCAUGUGAUACACCAACAGAGACAAGUGCAUACCUGGGAAGCGUAAUGGGAAUGACGCAUUGCUUCUAACAUUCCUCACAAAUAGAAACCUGAAAGUGUGGUGUGCAUUUGUAUUCAGAGCUUUCAGGGUUAUGUCUCUACUGGCUUUGUAUGGACAGACACCACUCGCCUUGUGCAACAUUGUGAAUGGUGUGUUUAAGAUAAAAUGGUGUGUUUUUACAUAAAUUGGCAAUUUACAGGGAGGCCAUGUAGCUCUCUCCGUUUCUUGUUGUUAGCUGGUUCCUCUAAUUGGUUUGCGACAAACUGCAACAGGGCUUUAUUUCAGCACUGGCAUUCAAAGACCAGAUCUCUGAAGUGUGCAAAUAGUAGUUGAUCUGACAACAAGGUCUUCCAACUGAGUUGGGGAGCUUUGCAGCUCCUGCAGAGCUACAUGAGACUGAAUUGUUAACAUUCUUCCUUCAGAAAGCAGCUUUAUACUGAGAUUAAGUCACAUAUAGAUGGGCUCUGUUUUAUACCGUGGUGACUUCUGAAGUUAUGUCACAUUUUAUCUAGGGAUAUCAGAAUAAAAUGGGCUGAAAACAAAUGCACACCACACUUUUUAGAAACUAUGUGUCAUUUCCUUUCCAUUUUUAAAAUUCAGCACAUGACAUAAUGAGAACUGGUACAAGGGGAGUUAAGACUUUUGCAAGGCACUUCAGUCAGAUUGUUUAAAAGGAAAUCACAGUGCUGGCCUACAAACAGCAACACCUUUACAAGUGUCCUGUUGGCACAUUUAUUUCAGAAAUUAAACUUUGACUGUUUUGCUUCUCAUAAAUUAACAUAUUUCUGCUCAAUAAAAAACUGAAUACAUUCUAAUCAGAUUCUAGUUAGUCAAAUUAUUGUAUUGCAGAAGUAAGAAAACGCUUUAAAUUCAACUGAAGCGCAAAAAAACUUUCUAAUCUGUUUUCUUUUAUAGGUCAGAAGCAGUAAGGGCAUGCAUGCCGUUUAGCUCUUACAUCUGCACCAUUUCCUCCACAUCAGUCAACUUUAUUUUCAACACUUGUGAUGCACCAUAAAUGUAUGUACCUGUAUCCCUUAUGCACUUGUAUGACUUUCUUUUUUAUGUUUUGGUCUUUAGUGAAUGCAAGCUAGCUUUUUUUGUUGUUGUUGUCAUAGUGUAUGUCAAAUGUUUACACCAACAAACAUCUGGAUUUUAUUUAAUAAAUUAUUCCUGUCUGA